AUGAGAGAGCUAACACCUGAUUUUGAGAAGAACGCUUUCCCGUAUAGAGAUUUCCAUUACACGUACGAAGACGACGGGGAAGGUAAUAGUGUGCCAGUGAUCACCUUAGAAGUUCUCUCAAAAAUAACACAGACCGAGGAAUAUGAGCAAAAUGAUUUCAGCAAUGAAAUGCAGCAGACUGUCACUGAAUCGCAAGAAACGCCGAACAUCCACUACAUAGCGGAGAAUUCGAAAACUGAACCAGUAAAGCCGGAAACUAGUGAAAACAAGGAACAGGAUCAAAACGCGAACACAUCCAAAAUUAGGACUGACCUCUUGGAGUACAUGACUAGAAAUGACGGCAGCGUGAUAUGCAAGUUGUGUGGAGAGAUAUUACAAAGCAGGACGCACUGGUAUCGUCAUAAAUAUAAGCUUCACGUGAUACCGCCAUUGAAUCCAGCGCCUCUGUUUCAAUGUGAACAGUGUCUCGUCUUCUUCAAGAGCAGAAAAGGUUACAUCGGCCAUCUCGCGAGCCGCCAUAGCGAAAUAUUAGCAGACUCUAGUCCUGUACUAACAAAUUCGCAAGCGGAAGCGCUUGCGAAGCAAUUUCAGACGCAACCGGAGAUCAAGGACGAGGCGGAUCCAGAACUGGCAAUACCCAAAACUAGUGUGCCAAAUUACCAAUCAAUCGUUAAACAAACGACUAAAACGAUCGAGACCAAACGUCAAUUCAAAAAUAGCAAAGAACAAGUGAACAGAGAAGAAUGGGAGGAGAGGCGCACCCGCGAGGAGAAGCUGGUUGCGGACAUCAUAGACCGCGUUCGAAGGGAAUGCGAGGCGCAGGGCUCGGGCGGACCCGCGCGGCGCGGCUAUACACGACGCACCACUGUCAUGCACACG